UAUAAUGAUUACUGGAAAAUGAGAAAUGUUCCAUAUCUGAAACCGAGACUACUUUUUGGCAACUUUAGUGAUUAUAUUCUAUUUAGAAAAAGUGCGCCAAUAGUAACAAGUGAAAUUUGUGACCAGUUCCCCGGCGAGCCGUACGUCGGCGUAUUUUAUGGUACAGCACCAGCUCUCGUCGUCAAAGAUCCUAAGCUUGUAAAACUAGUUUUGGCACAGGAUUUCUAUUACUUCAAUGGCAGAGAAAAUACAGACUAUGCUUACAAUGAAGCUGUAACAACAAGCAUAUUUUUCAACGGAGGUGAUCAUUGGAAAGUAUUACGACAGAAUUUAACUCCACUUUUCACGUCUGUGAAGUUAAAGAAUAUGUUCCCAAGGAUCAAGGAGUGUGCUGAAGAAAUGGACACGUUUCUUGAAAAAGAAAUAAAAAUAUCAGAGAAUAUUAACUCAAAAUCAUUAUUGGCGAGAUAUUCAAUGGAAUGCAUUAUUAAUUGUGUAUUCGGUCUAAGAGCGAACACUUUGAAGAGAGAUAAAGGUGUAAACCCAUUUGUAAUCCUAGGAGAACAAAUAUUUGACACAUCAACCAUGACAGGUUUGAAAAUAAUUUCUCGAUCCAUCUGGCCUUCUUUAUUUUACGCAUUGGGUUUUAAGUUGUUUGAUAAGAAUAUUGAAUUAUUUUUCAACAAAUUAUUUGCCGAGGCCCGUAAAAAUCGAAAAAAGGAGAGAAUUCUGAAGAAAGACUUUCUUGAUCUUAAUGACAAGAGGAUAGAAAGAAUAAAAGUAAAUGAAGACUUACUUGUAGCGCAGUGCACGAGUUUCUUUGGAGCUGGUUUUGAAACAACAUCAUCUACACUAAAUUAUCUUCUUUACGAAUUAGCAAAAAAUAAACGAGCUCAAGACAGAGUUCAAGAAGAAGUAGACGCAUACUUUAAUAGAUAUGAUGUUAUUAAAUAUGAAUGCUUAAACGAAAUGCCUUAUCUUGAAGCAUGUAUUGACGAAACUCUUCGUCUCUAUCCCACGUUAGGAAACCUCACCAGGGAAGUGAUGCAUAGCUACACAUUGCCAACUGGUCUUCGACUACAGAAAGGAGAUCGUGUUCAUAUACCUGUUCAUCAUAUCCACCGACACCCGGACUACUUCCAAGAUCCUAUGUUGUAUCAACCCGAAAGAUUCUUCGGUGAUGAGAAGAUGAAAAUUAAACCAUACACCUUCAUGCCCUUCGGUGAAGGACCAAGAGUUUGUAUUGGUGCUCGGUUUUCAAAAAUGGUGAUGUAUGCUGGACUUUUGACGAUAUUCAGGAAAUAUAGGAUCGAGCUGGCAGACACGCCGUUAAGUUUGAAAAUGAGACCGGUGACAAUUGUGACGCAGACAUCAACAAUCGUACAUGUUAAAUUUAUACCUCGUGACCUUUAA